AUGGAAAAAGAAUCAAACGAAGAAAAAAAGAAGGAAACCCAGAAAAACGUAUUUUAUAAUUUUAAUAAUGUAAUAGUAGAUCAAAAUUAUGAUGUAAAUAAAAGAAAUUUGAAUUUUGUAAAUUCUAAAGCUAAUGGAGGUGACAUGGGAUGUUUAAAAACAAAUUCGAAUAUAUUUAAUAAGUCCAAUAAAAUGAAAAAAAAAAAAAAAAAUAAUAAUAAUAUUAAUUCUGAUAAUAAUAAUGAUAAUAAUAAUGAUAAUGAUAAUAAUUGUAAUAGUAAUAGUAAUAUUAAUUAUUAUAACUAUAAAAUGAGGAACAACCAAAAUAUGAACACAUCAUUAUCAAAUAACAGAAGGAAAAAUUAUUAUAAUAUGUCCAAUAUGGGUAAUAGUCAAAAUAAAUAUGGAAUAAAAAAUAAAAGAAUCAAUAAAAAUAAAACAAAAUUUGGAUCCAAUGUUAAUUCGAAUGUAACACAAAGUAUGAAUACCUAUGAAGGAAUAAUAAAUAAUGAAAAUGUGGUUACAUUAAAUAAAGAUGAUUAUAAUUCUAUGAGAAUACCUAAUAAGAAUAAUAAAAAAAAUAUUAAUAAUAAUAUGACUACUUCUUCAAUAGGAGAUGUUAAUAGAUAUAAUAAUAAUAAUAAUAAUAAUAAUAAUAAUAAUUGUAAUAAUAAGGAUGAAGGAAUUAAUUAUGACAGUUUAAAUAAAAAUAAGAAAAACAAUAUUAAUUAUGAAAGUCAUGUGAAAUAUUAUCAAAAUUAUAAUAUAAAACAAACUACAAAUAAUUAUGUAAAACCAAUCAAUAAAUUAAAUUUAACGUAUACUAAUAAAUUGUAUAAAAAUGUAAAUAACAAGAAUGUUAUGAAGAAUAAUAUUAGCACAGAAAUGAAUAAUCCUAAUUUUAAUGAUAUUAAUAAAAAAAAUAAAAAUUAUUUUCAAAAUUCGAAUAAUUUGAAUAAAAUCAAUCCAAUAAAUAUUACAUCGAAUAUCAACAUGAAGAAAAAUGUUAAUAUGUCAAUUUCGAAUAUGUCUAACUCUAAUAUGUCAAACUCGAAUCUGUCAAACUUUAAUGUGUCAAACUCUAAUGUGUCAAACUCUAAUGUGUCAAACUUUAAUGUGUCAAACUUUAAUGUGUCAAACUUUAAUGUGUCAAACUUUAAUGUGUCAAACACCCAUGAGCCCAAUUUCAAUAUGACAUAUUCUCAUGUGCCCAAUAUUAACCAGCCACUUAUUAAAGACAUUUCUCAUAUAAAAGAUCUUUGUAAAAACAAUAUUGUCCAUAAGAAGGUGAACAGUAAAAAUAACCGAACAAAGAAUUAUAUGAAAAGGUUACAGAAUGUGCCCCUUUAUGGAAAAGAUAAUGAUUGUAAAAGAAGAAAAGGUCUAUACAACUUAAAUAAUAAGAACAGUAAUUGUAGUGUUAGUAGUUAUCUUGAUCAGUGUGUUAAGGAAAAUUCGUCGUCAUCAAAAGAAAAGAAUAUAAAUAAUGAUAAAAAGAGUAAUAUGAAAUAUGAUAAUAAAAGGAUGGAAUGUAUUGGAAAUAAUACUUGUGAAGGUUAUUUUCAUUCAGGUGUAUAUGAUAAAGAACAACAUUAUUUAAGAGUAAUAGAAAGAAAAAUAAAAAAUAUAUGUGAUAUUUUAGAAUAUAUAUUAUAUGUAGAUGAUAAAGAUUGUAUGGAUUUGUUAUAUUUCCUUAUAAUUUCAUUAGAACGAAUUAAAAUGAUAUUAGGUUGUUUAAAAAAUCCAUAUAUGAAUUAUGAUAUAUUUAGCAUUGUAUUAAAUUUAUAUUCAUGUUUAUGUGUGAAGCUAUUUUCAGAAAAUAAUAUUUUAGUUAUAAUGAAUUUAAAAUGUUUUGUAUUAAUGUUUGAAAUAUUGAAUUUAAUGGAUAUGCAAUCUUUUAAUUUGUCAUAUGUACUUUUUUUAUAUGUUAAUUAUUUAAAGAAUAAUAAAAAUGGAAUAGAUAUAUUAGAAAAAAAGAACAAUAUAAAAUAUAAAAAACAGGUUGUAGAAAAUGACAAGAAAAUGUAUAAAAAAUUGUUAAAUUCUUUUUUAAAUAUAUUUUCCUAUUGUUCCGAAAAUACUAAUGUUUUAGUUCGUGUUCAAGCAAUUAAAUCACUUUAUUAUGUGUUAAGAUUUUUAUACGAUAAAAAGAAAUAUAAUUAUAAUGGAGAAGACACCAUAAAAAAGGAAGAUAUAAAUACUCAAUGUAAUACAUAUGAUGAAAAUUUGAAGCAAGGAACCAUAUUUCUCUUUGAAGAAAAUUUAAUUAAAGAAUCAUUAUCGAUAAAAAAAGUGAGCAUUAUAAAAGGAUUUGUUAAUAGUAGAAUGAUUUAUUUACAAAAAUUUAAUUCUAAUUUUUUUGAAAAUAAUUUUGAUUUGAUAGAUAUGAAAAAUAAGAAUAAUAUAAAUACGACGAAUAAUGUGAAUAAUAUGGAUAAUAUGAAUAAUAUAAAUAAUAUAAAUAAUAUAAAUACGACGAAUAAUGUGAAUAAUAUAAAUAAUGUGAAUAAUUUGAACAAUAUUAACAAUAGUAAUAUUACAAGUAAUACAAAUAAUAAGAAGAAAUAUGACGAAAGUGAAAAUAGUUUACAUAAUAUUCUUCUAUUAAAAAAUUUUGAAACAGUUUUUAAUUGUGUACCAAAUGAUGGUUGGAUAACAAACAAAAUAGAUGAUGAAGAUGAAAAUAUGUUAUUUUAUAUUUUACACAUUUUUGAAUUAUUUGUUGAAAUAUAUGAAGAUAAAGAUAUUAAUGAAAUAAUAAUAAAAAAUAUUGUUUUUUUUUUAAAUCAUACGGAUUUAAAAAUUUUUAGUAUUGUAACACGUAUUAUUAUAAAAAUCUCUCAAAUUAAUCCUAUUAAUAGAAUAUUUUUUAAUAAAUAUAUAUCUGUUUUAAUGAAAAAUUUUGAUAAGGAUAGAAGAAGAAAUAUAUUUCUAAUGUUAUCUUAUUGUAAAUAUGAAAAAAGUGGUAUUGAGGUAUUAUUAGGGAUAUUAACGAAUUUAUGUCUUUAUGAUUUUAAUUAUAAAACAAAUACAUAUUACCUUGAAGAAGACACUGAAGAGAAUGAUUUGAAUAUAGAACAAAUAAGAACUUUAAGACGUUUGAAAAAUAGAAGAUAUAAGAAGACCUUAAUAAAUAGUGAUAAUAUAAAAAAUACAAAUGUACAAAAUGAUAUAGAAACUUAUAGUAAUACUUCAGAAGAUGAAAUUUUUUUAAUUGAUAAGAAAAUAUAUAAUAUAGAAGAAUGGUAUUAUAUAUAUCCUAUAAUUAUUAUAUUAUCCUUGAAUUAUUCUAAAUAUAUACAAUCCUUUUUUUUUAAUAAAUUUAAUAAAACUUAUAUACAGAAUUAUUAUAAUAUUACUCCAUAUUUUAAUAUAUUUGAUUGGUCUAAUAAAUUUUGUUAUUAUCUUUCAAAACAUAUCUUUACAUCCCAUAUGGAAAAGUCAUCAUUUUUUAUUGAGCAAGGUUUGGAUAUAUUUCACUUAUUAGAUUCUACAUUAUUUCAUAAUGAGUUACAAAAUUAUAGGAAUAGCCAUAAGUUAUUUUUUUUAGUUCAUAAGAGUACAUAUAAUGGUAUAGAUAAUGGAAGGCAAGUAGAAUGUGCUAAAAAUUUUAUGAAGACAGAAAAAAGUUCAAAUGAUAUAUCCUUGGAUUUACUAUUUUAUCGAACUUAUGCAUUUUUAGAAUAUCCAAAUUAUGUUAAAUUAAAUUUAAGUUAUAAAGAAAAUUGCUAUAUUUAUAUAUAUAUGUUAUCACUUUUAAAUUUCUUUUUUAAUAAAGAAAUGAAUAUAUUUGAAGAGAAUUGUUUUUUCCUUAAACGAAAGAUUUGGGAAUUAUUACAUGAUCAAACGAAUUUAAAAAGUAAUAGUUUUUUAGAUUAUUUAGGUAUAUUUAAAGAUAUUAAUUUUAUUCGUAUACAUGAUACAAAAUAUCUAACCAAAUUAUUUGAUUUUAUUAAUUCUAAUAAUAUCACACAUUUAAACAGAAAAGACCAAAGUGGUCUUAAUAGAAAUUGUAAGAAUAAUGAAAUAUUAUUUAGUAAUAUUAAAUAUGAUGAUGAUUUAUUAUAUUCUGAUAAUUAUAAAAAAGAAAGUGAACAUAAUAGAAUGUCAUGUGUGGAAGAAUUAUUAUUAUCUUUUAUUAUAAAUAAAGAGAAUACUAAAAAGUUGAAAAAUGUAUUGCAUUAUGAUUAUCAAGAUAAAGGAAAUGAUAGUAUAAAUAAUAAAAGUGUGAAAAAUCAUAUGAAUAUAUUGGAAAAAAAGAAAAUACGAAAGCUUAUAUAUUUUGAAGAAUCUUAUAUGAAAUAUAAUGAAAAUAUAUGUGAUAUAAUAAAUCACAAUAUUAUUAGUAAAAUAUAUUAUAUUUUAUAUUUAAAAAAUUUUUGUUUCGAUGAAAAAGGUAUGAAAAUAAUAAAUGCAGAUACGUUUUUUUCCAAUUAUUUGUGUAAAGAUUUAUUAAUUGAAUUAAUAUUGGUUCCUAUGUUAUAUAGAAGUAAUACAACGAUUGAACUGUUUUAUACAUAUCCAAUAAAGGAUAUGAUAACAAAAUCUUACUUUUCCAAUAUGUUUACAAAGUACUUUGGGAGAACAUCAGCAAAUACAUGUUCUGUAGGAAAAAUAAAUAAUUGUACUAUUAUUAAUAAUGAGAAAGAAUUAUUUAAUGAUACCAUACAUUGUGUAUAUGACCCUAGUGGCGUAACGAGUCAAAAUGAUAAUAUUGAUAUGAAUCAAAUUUAUAGAAUACAAAAUGAAGAAAAUAAAAGUAGUAUUACAUCUAUUAUUGAUUUUAAUGCAAAUUCAAGAGAAGAAAAUGGUGUUUUAAGAAAUUCGCCAAAUGAUCGUGCUUUAUAUAAAAAUAAAGUGAGGGAUAUAAAAAUAUUAAAUAAUCAAAAGAAUAAUGUGUAUGGUCUGUUAUCAAGCGCUGAGGAAAAUAUUAAGUAUGUUAAACAAGAUAGAGAAAGGAAUAGAAAAAGUAAUUUCCCUACAUGUUUAGAAAAAGAUUCCUACUUAAAAUUUUUAGAGGUGAAAAUAAAGAUUAAGAAUAGUAAUAUGGGGGAUGUUGAGACAAUGAAUAUUAUAAACAAUAUGAAAGAGAAGAAAAAAAAAAACAAGAAUAAAAAAUAUGAAAAAGGUUUCAUUGAAUAUGAAGAAAAUAUGCAAAAUAAAUUUGACAUAUAUUUUUAUCAUAAACGACUUAUUAAUAUAAAUCAUCAAAUAAAUAAAAAUUUAAUAAAAAUAUAUCAUUUGUUUUAUAGAAAUUAUUAUUGUAACUUAAAUAUGUCUGAGAUCUUACAUAUUAUAUUAAAUAAAGUAUAUGAAGAAAAUGAUGUAUUAUAUAACCAGUUAAAACAUUUUGUUUUGAAUUUUUCAUUUGAUUAUCAUGGUAAUGAUACAAAGAUGAGUUCCAAAUCUUUUUAUGACAUUUUUUAUAAUAAUAAAUUAGAAAAAAUAAAUAAAUAUUUAUCACAAAAUAGAAAUGGAUAUGAAUAUAGUAAUUUAAUUUUUGAAUUACAUAAAAUAGGUAUUAACAAGGAUGAUCAUAAAAAGAAGAGUGUAUAUUCAAUAAAUGUUUCUAUAAAUAAAAUCUUGAAACUUAUUAUAAAAUAUUUACAAAAUGAAGAUUAUAUAAAUUAUGAAAAGUGUAUAAAUUUUCCUUAUUUAUUUUUAUCUAUACUUCAUAUAAAAAUAAAAUUAUCUUAUGAAAUAAUAUUAUAUGAUUUAUUUGAUAAUGAAGAUAAUGAUUUUAAUACAUUAUUAAAAAAGCUACCAAUGUAUAUCAAUUAUUUUUUCCACAAUUUAUAUGUAUAUAUUGAAUAUGAGGAUAUGUUUAUAAUAAAAGAAGAAGAGACCAAAAAGGAAAAGGAAAAGAAAAAGAAAAAGAAACAUAAUUAUAAUUAUCAUGAAUAUGAUAUAUCAUACAAUAGGAAGAAGCAUUUAUGUAAAAAAAGGAAUAUGUUGUUACCAUCUCAAAAUAAUAAUAAUUUGUUAAUGUAUAAUUUUAUGGUUGAAAAUAUAUUAUCAGAAGAUUAUUCUCUUACACAUCUAAAAAGCUUAAACAAAACUAAAAAGACCGAAACCAAAAAUUCGUUAUUUGCAGGUAGAAAAAAAAGUAAGGGGACGAGUCAAAAUAUCAAAGUUGAUUGUGAAUUUCAUUUAGAUGAAAAAUAUUUAAAAGAAAAUAUUAUUCAUAAAAAUAAAAAAGAAAUAACAAAUCAAACAAAUAAAGAUAUGCAACAUUUUAUAAAUAAAUCACAUAGUAUGAAGAUAUAUACAAAUGAAUGGAACAUAACUAGUUGUAUGCCAUUAUGUAGAAGUCAAGAUAAUAAUUCAAAUACUUAUAGAUAUAUUAUAAAAAUGGAAUGUAAAAAAAAUGUGGGAAAUAAUUUUGAUUUUUCUUCUACUCUGCCUAUUAAAUGUAAUAUUAAUCUAUUUUAUUAUUAUAUCGAAAAUGAUAUCUUCUAUUUUAUACCGCUCUCGAAAAGGAAAAAUGUGUACCUACAUCCACUCCGUCAAUAA